ACCAUCAGAGAUGCUUAGUUUUGCAGUUCUCAGACUGGAUUUGUGUCUCUAGAGAUAACAUGCUUGUUAACAGCAAAAAUGUUUUUAAAUAAUAUAUAGAGGUGAGAAAUAACAGACCUCAACUCUGUUGUCCCUCUGCAAAUUUGUGUACACAGAGUCAAUCCCUUACCUCUCUCUAAGAGUGCAAAGUUUCAAAAAGUCCAAUGAAUAAAGUGUUGGGGGUGGAAUAGAUCUGGACAAGGAGAAGAAGUCUGGAGAUAAAUGUGAGAAGGGAGGGACAGGAAGUAGAAACAAAAGUGAAACUGUUUUGAGCAGCAUAUUUCAGAAGUCUUGAGGUCUUUUCUGAGUGUAGCCUUCAUUGAUUUGAGAUCUACCAUACCAUUCUCUCACUGGAAGGGAAAACCUAUAACAGCAGCAGGCCGCAAAAGAGACACUGUUUGGGAAUAUUUUAAUGAAGUUCCUCUACCUGUGGGUAGGACAGGCAUGCACACAAAAUGCAAACAGUACAAUAAAGAAAUGUAAGACCUGGUUGCCUGAAUGAAACAACAUCACGAGAAGUGCUCCUUCUCAGGAGGAACCUGCUUUGAAGAUGAUGAAAGAAACAUGUCUGAAUGUGCAGGAUGCUCAGGCAGGAGAAUCCAUCCUCAACAUACAGGAUUCUGAAGACUAUCCACCCUCAAGAUCACCUUUUUUUAAUAGUGUCAGAGUUAUUGACGAUAGUGUUUCAGUCGCAUCAUAUAUAUCAUAGCCACAGUACGCAAAAAGAAAAAAGAGCCAGCAGAUUACAAAAAGAGGUAAUUAAUGAAAAAAUUGCCAGUUUGUUUAUGCAACAAACUCUCCUUUCCAUAUGAUUGAGAACCCACACUUCAUUAACAUGGGUCAGUCAUUAAGACCAGGAUACAGCCCACCCAACAGAGCAGAUGUCACAGGCAAAUUGCUGGAUAAAACGUAUGAAAGAGAAACUGAGCAGUGUGCAAAAGGUCUAAAAGAUAAAAUUGUUAACCUGAGUCUUGAUGGGUGGAGCAAUGUCCACAAUGAUCCUGUUGUAUGUGCUUGUAAGACAACAGAAGAAGGGAAUGUCUUCCUUACAGACACAAUUGAUACAUUGGAAAAUCCACACACUGCGGAAUACUUGCAAGAAGUAGCAGAAAAAGCUAUAACAAACUGUGGGCGGGGGGAGAAUUCCAAAGUCUAGUAUGGUUUCAGAGUAGCAGCCAUGUUAGUCUGUAUUCGCAAAAAGAAAAGGAGUAUUUGGGGCACCUUAGAGACUAAGUGAGCUGUAGCUCAGGAAAGCUUAUGCUCAAAUAAAUUUAUUAGUCUCUAAGGUGCCCCAAAUGUCUGGUAUAGUAACUCCUCACUUAGAUAUCCCAGUUAACAUUGUUUCAUUGUUACAUUGCUGAUCAAUGAGGAAACAUGCUCAUUUAAAGUUGCUCAAUGCUUCCUUGUUACAUUGUUUGGUAGCCACCUGCUUUGUCCACUGCUUGCAGGAAGAGCAGCCCCUUGCAGCUAGCUGGAGGCUUAGAACCAGGGGGGCCGGCAGGCCCCCCCUCAGCUCCCCACUCCCCUAAGUUCCCUGUGUGGCAGCUGCCCAGCAGGCUAUCAACUGCGGGCAGUUCAGCUGUCCCUCCCCACACUGCCAUGUGCUGCUCCUGCCCUCUGCCUUGGAGCUGCUCCCUGGAGCCUCCUGCUUCUUGUGCGGUGGAAGAGGGGGGCUAAUAUCAGGGUGUACCCCUCACUUCUGCCCAUGCCCCUCCACUUACCCCUUCUCCAUAUAGAGUGGGGGGGGGGGGACGGACAUGAUAGGGCUCAGGAAGUUGAGAUAGCAGCUGCAGCUAGCAAGCUCUCUACUUCCUGAUAUACUUAAAGGGGCAAUGCACAUCUCUCUCACUCACACACAGGGUGUGUCUGUCCGCCAUGCUGUCUCCCUUCCAACCAUUCGUGCUGCCUUGUAGAGUGUGAGGCUACAUUAACAAUAAUGUGUUAACCCUUGAGAGCUCAGCCAAAUGCCAGUUCAUCAUUAGCAGUAAGGCAUUACCUGGGAAAUAUUCCACCCUCUAACUUCACCACCUCAACCAAGCUUCACAAUCAUCAUUGCUGUGUAUUAAAUUGUUUAAAACUUUGUGUGUGGGUGUGUAUUUUAUAUAUAUACACACACACAUGUAAUUUUUUUGGUCUGGUGGGAAAAAACUUCCCUGGAACUGAAACCCCCCCCCCCCCAGCCCCUAUUUACAUUAAUUCUUAUGGGGAAGUUGGAUUCACUUAAUACCAUUUCACUUAAAGUCGCAUUUUUUCAGAACAUAACUACACUGUUAAGCGAGGAGUUACUGCACACAGCUUGGUCGCAGACAAUGCUGCAAAUGUAUCCAAAAUUAUUUAGAAGAGAGUCCCAAGCUAAUAACAUAUGAUUGCAGCACUCAUUUGAUGCACCUCCUAGCCAGACUUGAUGCACCUCCUAGCCAGACUUCAGUGUUCCAGAAAUAAGGCUAAUGUUAUUGAAAUUGAAAAAUACUUCCGUAACAACCACUUUGCAGCAGCUGUUCUGAAAAAAGUGGGAGGAACCAAGCUCACUCCCCCACAAGACGUGCGAUGGAACUCAGUGUUUUGAGCACUAUGUCAAGAACUGCUCUAAUCUGAUGACAGUUUGUGAACAAAAUCGUGAAAAAAUAGAUGGCACUGUCACAGCCAAAGUUCUCAACAUUGGGCUAAAGAAAAAUGUUGAACACAUGCCGGGUACCCUGAAGGGGUGUAAUCAGGAAGGCCAAGCACAAUUGGAGUUGCAGCUAGCAAGGGAUGUGAAGGGUAACAAGAAGGGUUUCUACAGGUAUAUUAGCAACAAGAAGGAGGUCAGGGAAAGUGUUGCCUCCCUCAUUCAGUAAGGGUCCCACAUAGUGACAGAUGAUGUGGAAAAAGCUGAAGUACUCAGUGCUGGAUUGUUUGGUUGGUUGGUUGGUUUGGCCUUCGCAGACAAGGACAGAUCCCAAACUGCUGCACUGGGCAACACAGCAUGGGAAGUAGGUGAGCAGCCUUCAGUGGUGAAAGAACAAGUUAAGGACUAUUUAGAAAAGCUGGACAUGCUCAGGUCCCUGGGUCCAGAUGCAAUGCAUCCAAGGGUGCUGAGGGAGUUGGCUGAUGUGAUUGCAAAGCCAUUGGCCAUUAUCUCUGAAAAUUCAUGGCGAUCAGGGAAGGUCCCAGAUGAUUGGAAAAAGGCAAAUAUAGUGUCCAUAUUUUAAAAAGAGAAAAAAAGAGAACCCAGGGAACUACAGACCAGUCAGACUCACUUCAGUCCACAGCAAAAUCAUGGAGCAGUUCCUCAAGGAAUCCAUUUUGAAGCACUUGGAGGAGAGGAAGGUUAUCAGGAGCAGUCAACAUGGAUUCAUCAAGGGCAAAUCAUUCCUAACCAACCUGAUUGCCUUUUAUGAUGAGAUAACUGGCUCUGUGGAUAUGGGGAAAGCAGUGGACAUGAUAUAUCUUGAUGUUAGCAAAGCUUUUGAUACAGUCUCCCACAGUAUUCUUGCCAGCAAGUUAAAGACUUAUGGAUUGGACGAAUGGACUAUAAAGUGGAUAGAAAGCUGGCUAGAUUGUCUCCCUCAACGGGUAAUGAUCAAAGUCUCUAUGUCUAGUUGGCAGCUGGUAUCAAGCGGAGUGUGCCAGGGGUACGUCCUGGGGCCAGUUUUGAUCAGAUCAUUAAUAAAGAUGUUGGAUGAUGGGAUGGAUUGCACCCUCGGCAAGUUCGCAGAUGACCCUAAGCAGGGGGGAGAGGUAGAUUCGAUGGAGGGUAGAGAUAGGGUCCAGAGUGACCUUGACAAAUUGGAGGAUUGGGCCAAAAGAAAUCUGAUGAGGUUCAACAAGGACACAUGCAGAAUUCUGCACUUAGGAAGGAAGAAUCCCAUGCACUGCUACACGCUGGGGACUGACUGGCUAAACAGCAGUUCUGCAGAUAAGCACCUGGGAAUUACAGUGGACAAGAAGCUGGAUAUGAGUCAACAGUGUGCCCUUGUUGCCAAGAAGGCCAGUGGCAUAUUGGGCUGCAUUACUAAGAGCAUUGCCAGCAGAUCGAGGGAAGUGAUUAUUCCCCUCUAUUCGGCACUAGUGAAGCUACACCUGGAGUAUUGCAUCCAGUUUUGGUCUCCCCUCCUGUUCCCCCCCCCCCCCACUACAGAGGGAUGUGGACAAAUUGGAGAGAGUCCAGCAGAGGGCAAUGAAAAUGAUUAGUGGGCUGGGGCACAUGACUUACAAGGAGAGGCUGAGGGAACUGGGGUUAUUUAGUCUGCAGAAGAGAAGAAUGAGGGGGGAUUUGAUAGCUGCUUUCAACUACCUGAAGGGGGGUUCCAGAGAGGAUGGAGACAGAACAAGACAGAACAAGGAGCAAUGGUCUCAAGUUGCAGUGGUGGAGGUCUAGGUUGGAUAUUAGGAAAAACUUUUUCACUAGGAGGGUGGUGAAGCACUGGAAUGGGUUACCUAGGGAGGUGGUGGAAUCUCCAUCCUUAGAGGUUUUUAAGGCCCAGCUUGACAAAGCCUUGGCUGCGAUGAUUUAGUUGGUGUUGGUCCUGCCUUGAGCAGGGGUUUGGACUAGAUGACCUCCUGAGGUCUCUUCCAACCCUAAUAUUCUAAGCCUAUUUCUGUAGCCUUGAACAAAAUGCAGGGAAAUAGCUGUUUUAUUGCUUAUGCUGUUGAAAUUUGGAAGGAACUGAGUGAGAUCUUAAAAAGAGAAAUAUGCAAUGACAGAGUUAAAUUACAAGCAUUAAAAAAACAAAUGGGACAAGCAUUAUCUCCAGGUCAUUUUCUUGCAAAUAUUCUCAAUACUUGGUACCAGGGUCAAACCUUAACUGCUGAAGAAGAGGAGUUGGCUAUGACAUCCAGCAAUCAUCCCUCCAUAAUGCCAAAUAUAAUAAACUUCAGAGCUAAGGGUGAACCAUUCAAGAAAUAUAUGUUUGCUGAUGUUUUAAAGAGGUUCACACUGGUGAACUGGUGGAAGUCACUUAAGCACUUGGAUUCAGAGACUGAAGUGAUGAUCUCACUUUUAACAGCAGUAGCUCUUCUGCCCAUGUAGAAAGAAUAUUUUCUUCCUUUGGACUAAUUUAUUCCAAACUGAGAAAUCAUUUGGAACCUUAAAAAGCAGGAAAGCUUGUUUUUCUUUUCCAGAUUAUGAACAAACAGGAAAAUGAGGACAACUGAGUUAGCUGCAGAAGCUAAUAUUUUAAGUUUCUCAUGUUGACCUGGCUGACAUAGUCCAAUUUAAUUUUUUUUUAAUAUUUCGUUUAACUAUUUCAGUUAAACAAUUUUAACAAACCUGAUUUUUAAAAACUUGAAUGUUUUUAACUAAAUUCAAAAAUUCAUAUGCUUGUUUUGUUAAAAUAU